GCCACGGCGGAGGAGGCGCCGCGGGGCCUCAUUGCGUGCUGCUGUCCGGACCCCAGAGGAAGCGGAACCAUUUGUCUCCGGAAAUGUCUUUGGAAAGUAAAGAGCAACAUGACCUUUCACCCAGGGACUCAGCUGAAGGAAAUGACAGUCUUCCAUCCGGUGUCCUUCUGAAGCCUCAAAAGGAAUCAAGUACUGACUUGAAGCAAUUUGAGACCAAUGAUCGACGCAGUUCUUAUCCUAGGAUCCAUAUGGAGCCUCAGGAGAAAUCACAUACUAACAUCAAGCAGUUUGUCAUCAAAAAGCUACAGAAGAGUUGCCAGUGUAGCCCAACCAAAGUUAAAAAUAUGAUUUUUGAUUUCCUUCCUGUUUUGCGAUGGCUCCCAAAAUAUGAUCUAAAGAAGAACAUUCUAGGAGAUGUGAUGUCUGGCUUGAUUGUGGGCAUCUUAUUGGUGCCCCAGUCCAUUGCUUAUUCCCUUUUGGCUGGCCAAGAACCUAUUUAUGGACUGUAUACAUCUUUUUUUGCCAGCAUCAUUUAUUUCAUAUUUGGUACCUCCCAUCACAUCUCUGUGGGCAUUUUUGGUGUACUGUGCCUUAUGAUUGGUGAGGUAGUUGACCGAGAAGUACACAAAGCUGGCUCUGAUAUUGCUCCUUCUUUAGAAAUUAUUUUAAAUAGGAGCACACUAGUAAACCAGACAUUAGACAGGGUAUGUGAUAAAAGUUGCUAUGCAAUUAAAGUUGGCAGCACUGUAACCUUUAUGGCUGGAGUUUAUCAGGUUGCAAUGGGCUUCUUUCAAGUGGGCUUCGUUUCUGUCUACCUCUCCGAUGCCUUGCUGAGUGGAUUUGUCACUGGUGCCUCCUUCACUAUUCUUACAUCUCAGGCCAAAUAUCUUCUUGGGCUCAGCCUUCCUCGGAGUAGUGGCGUGGGCUCAUUUAUCACUACCUGGAUUCAUAUCUUCAGAAACAUCCAUAAGACCAAUCUCUGUGAUCUCAUCACCAGCCUUUUGUGCCUUUUGGUCCUUCUGCCAACCAAAGAACUCAAUGAGCGCUUCAAGUCCAAACUCAAGGCACCAAUUCCUACCGAACUAAUUGUUGUCGUGGCGGCCACUUUAGCCUCUCAUUAUGGAAAACUAAAUGAGAAUUACAAUUCUAGUAUAGCUGGACAUAUUCCCACUGGGUUUAUGCCACCCCAAGCACCAGAUUGGAGCCUAAUUCCUAGUGUGGCAGUAGAUGCAAUAGCUAUUUCUAUCAUUGGUUUUGCUAUAACUGUAUCACUUUCUGAGAUGUUUGCCAAGAAACAUGGUUACACGGUCAGAGCAAAUCAGGAAAUGUAUGCCAUUGGCUUUUGCAAUAUUAUCCCUUCCUUCUUCCACUGCAUUACUACUAGCGCUGCUCUUGCAAAGACAUUGGUUAAAGAAUCAACAGGUUGCCAAACUCAGCUUUCUGCUGUGGUGACAGCCCUUGUUCUUUUGUUGGUUUUACUGAUAAUUGCACCUUUAUUCUAUUCCCUUCAGAAAUGUGUCCUUGGUGUGAUCACUAUUGUAAAUCUUCGGGGAGCCCUUUGUAAAUUUAGAGAUGUGCCCAAGAUGUGGAGGGUUAGCAGAAUGGAUACAGUUAUAUGGUUUGUUACUAUGCUAUCCUCUGCAUUGAUAAGCACUGAAAUAGGCCUGCUUGUUGGAGUUUGUUUUUCUAUGUUUUGUGUCAUCCUCCGCACCCAGAAGCCAAAGAUUUCAUUGCUUGGUUUGGUGGAAGAGACUGAAAUCUUUGAAUCCAUAUCUGCUUACAAGAACCUUCAGACUAAGCCAGGCAUUAAGAUUUUCCGCUUUGUAGCUCCGCUGUACUACAUAAACAAAGAAUGCUUCAGAUCUGCUUUAUACAAAAAAACUCUAAACCCAGUCUUGGUAAAGGCAGCUCAGAAGAAGGCAGCAAAGAUAAAGCUCAAAGAGGAAACGGUGACUCUCAGUGGAAUCCAGGAUGAAGUUUCAAUGCAACUUUCCCAUGAUCCUUUGGAGCUGCAUACUAUAGUGAUUGACUGCAGUACAAUACAAUUUUUAGAUACAGCAGGGAUCCAUACACUGAAGGAAGUUCGCAGAGAUUAUGAAGCCAUUGGUAUCCAAGUUCUGCUGGCUCAGUGCAAUCCUUCUGUGAGGGAUUCUUUGGCCAGAGGAGAAUAUUCCAAAAAGGAAGAAGAAAACCUUCUUUUCUAUAGUGUGUACGAAGCAGUGGCUUUUGCAGUAGAAUCUCAAAAGCAGAAAGGAAUAUGUGUUCUCAAUGGUCUGAGUCUGUCCGGUGAUUGAGAAAGUAGUUGAAAGGAAGAAUGUCAAGCCAAUAGGUUAAGAUUUUAAGUGUGCAACAUUUUCCAAUAAUUUCAAGUUGCACACUUGAAAUUAUUCUUCCUUUGAAGUUUAUGGCCUUUGUAUAUUCUCAAAUGCAGCAGAACUUAUUGUUGGGCAAAGUUAAAAAGAAGAAAAUGUUGUAGUUUCAAGCUUUCAUACAGAUAUGAAGUAUUUGGGGGAUGCAAUAAAUAUCUACUGAAUUAAAGAGUAAAGUAGUCCCAAGACUACUACCACCUUGUUUUAGGGGCUAUACAUUUGGACUCUUUCUCCUCCAGGCAGAAAAGGAGUGAAGUUGGGAUUUGCAUUAGAAAUAUUUGUGCCUUUGUAUGGCUCUGUAGACAGGAAGGAGAAGAAGUCAGGGAGAGUGUUGAACCUGCCCUUGAACGAGCAGCAUA